UCAGUAACGGAGAACUUCGUCACGCGCGGAACACGUGCUGAGAAUUUGGGCGUAGCAGAGCAGGGAGCCAAGAGCAAGAGCAGCGAGAAUGGCGACGAUGGGAGGCGGAAGCAAUGAAGUAAAGAAGCUGGAGGACUGCACUGUUGCCAACGCUCUUGGUACGUGGGUCUUCUCAGUUCUGGGGGCGUUGGUUGCAAUUCCAGUUGGAAUUCGGAGGAAAUCAUUGGCUCCGCUUGUGUUCUUUGGUACAACCGGCACCAUGCUUGACAUCAUCAUGGGCAUCAGUCAGUGCGAAAGAGAACAUGCGGAGCGCCAAAUGAAGCUCAUGGAAGAACAAAGGCUUGCGAUUGAAGGGCAAAAUGUUGCAACAAAUGAAUCCGUUGAUUCUGGAAAUUAAAAUGUGUGAGAUUGUACGUUCAGUUUGAGAUCUUCGGCUGUGCUUGUGUGCAUUGAAUAGUUUGCCACCAUAUCGAGCUCUGAGCAU